AUGGCGGUGCGGGCGCUGCUGGUGCUGGCGGCGGCGCUGGGCCCGGCGGGUGCCGUGUGGCCGCAGCCGCAGGAGGAGCGCACGGCGCCGGGCGGCGGCCGCUGCCAUCUGCUGCCGCGUCGCUUCGGCUUCGCCUACGCCGCCGCGUCGGCCGUGGGGCCGGGCUGCGCCGUGCUCGACGAGGCUUUCCAGCGCUACUGGGAGCUGCUCUUCGCCGGCGCCCGCUCGGACGAGGAUGAGCAACCCUGGGGGAAUCCCUGUGCCCAGCUCCUGGUCUCUGUGGCCACUCCAGACUGCGAUGGGUUUCCCAGCCUGGACUCCAAGGAGAACUAUAAGCUCUCUGUCUCGGAUGACUCCUUGCUGCUGUCUGCAGAUACUGUCUGGGGAGCUCUCAGAGGCCUGGAGACAUUCAGCCAGCUUGUUGGGCGAGAUGAGGAUGGCACGUACUAUGUCAACAAGACAGAGAUUGUCGACUUCCCCCGCUUCCAUCACCGAGGCCUGUUGCUGGACACGUCUCGUCACUACCUGCCUCUGAAAGCCAUCCUGCAAACGCUGGAUGUCAUGGCUUACAACAAGUUCAAUGUGUUUCAUUGGCACAUUGUGGAUGACCCAUCUUUCCCAUACGAGAGCAUAACCUUCCCAGAGCUCAGCAAAAAGGGAGCCUUCCAUGCUGUCACCCACGUGUACACAGCCAGUGACGUGAAGACAGUGAUUGAGUACGCCCGGCUCCGUGGCAUCAGAGUAAUCGCAGAGUUUGACACUCCUGGGCACACCCUAUCAUGGGGUCCAGGUGCUCCAGGCCUCCUGACUCCCUGCUAUUUGGGCAAGAAUCUUUCUGGAACCUAUGGGCCCAUCAACCCCAUCCUUAACAGCACUUAUGAGUUUGUGACCAGUUUCUUUAAAGAGGUCAGCACUGUGUUCCCAGACUUCUUUCUUCACCUCGGUGGUGACGAGGUGGACUUCACGUGCUGGAAGUCGAAUCCACAAAUCCGUGCCUUCAUGCAGGAGAUGGGGUUUGGUGACGAUUUCACAAAACUAGAGUCAUUCUACAUCCAGCGGCUUUUGGACAUCAUUUCUUCCUUUGGCAAGGGUUACGUGGUAUGGCAGGAGGUGUUUGACAAUGGAGUGAAGGUGAAGCCAGACACAAUCGUCCAUGUGUGGAAGGAGAACUCCAUGCUGUACAUGCAGGAGAUGGCGCAAGUCACCAAGGCUGGCUACAGGGCUCUGCUCUCUGCCCCCUGGUACCUCAACCGCAUCUCCUACGGGCAGGACUGGAUGAAGGCCUACAAAGUGGAGCCCUUGCAGUUCAAAGGCAGUGCUGAGCAGAAGGAUCGGGUGAUCGGUGGAGAGGCCUGCAUGUGGGGUGAAUAUGUGGAUGUCACUAACCUGACCCCCAGGCUCUGGCCGAGAGCUGGAGCUGUAGCUGAGCGACUUUGGAGUAAUGCAACAGUGAGGAACCUGCAAGACGCGUACAUGCGGCUGGCCAGAUUCCGCUGUGAGCUCCUCAGACGUGGUGUCCAGGCUCAGCCGCUCUUCGUAGGGUACUGUGAUCAUGAAUUCAGUGGAUUUUGAAUGGAGAUUCCCGCUGCCCUCACCCUCUGUGCACACAGGAGGAAUGAUCUCACUCUUGUGCGCUCACCUGCACGUGCACACACGCGCGUGCUCCCUCUCUCUCUCCCCCCUCAUCUCUCUCUUCCCCCCUCCCCUCCCUUCCCCCCUCCCCCCAAAAAAAGGCUGCUGGCAUGUUAAAGAGACUUCCCUACAUUUGCUCUUGUCUUGUGGCAAUGAGCGAUUUUUUAUUUGAUUGUGCACUCUCUGCCUCUUUUUCUAUUCUUAUUUGUUCUUUUAAAUCUAUAAAGAAAUGACCCCAAAGAGAAGAGGUGUCUUGUCGUGCCCUGCUAGGGCUUGGCAGACUGUGCAAGGAUUCUUGCUGUCGGAGAUGGGCAGGGCUCUCUCUGAAGCGGGCCUGUUCCAGCGAUGCCAGUGGAGGAGCAUCUAGCUGCGCCUCAUCGCCAUGCCUCCGCAGUUGAACAUGUGCAUCCUGGGGCCUGCAGCCCCACAGUGCCAAGCUCCAAGUUGCUUUUUCAGGUGGAUUUGCCUCCCUCCAAGCAGAGCUGCAGAUCCUGCCUUGCCUAUGUGCUGAGUACACUACUGCUGAUAUAGCAGACUUCUGCUCCUUCCUCUAGCCGAGCUCUUGGCUCAGGGCCUGAGGUUAGGACUGGCCCUACCGUGCCAGCUACUGGUGCUGUUGUAGGCAGCCAGGCUGUCUGGCUUGCUGCAUGUCUGCUCUACUGGAUGAAUUGUUUCAUCCCUGCCAAUAUCGCAGGCUUUAUCCCUGUUGAGGGAAGGUCGGUCUCUAGUCUAAAACAGCAACGUUUGGGCAGGGGAAAGGCUAGUCUUGCAGGCCAAGGUUAGCUGUGGACUCCCCUGGGAUUUUUGCCUUGAUCCCGGCUGUUUCUGCUGACAAAGCACCGUACUUAUGCCAUUAUGUCACUGUGCAGAACAAGCCACCUUGGAUUUCCUUCUGUGGUCCUGCCUUUUGUGUAGGAGGUCUUGCCCUCCAUAUGCCAGUGGUCAGUGUUGCCUGUUGGCUCCUGUCCUUGUCUCUGCUUCUUCUCCCUCUGCUCCCUCGUCUGCUCUGGCUGGGUCCAGGCAGGAGGCUUGUCUUCAAGCCACCAUCUCUGCUGCCUGAACCCUUUCUGCUGCCGCCUCCUUCUCUGGCUUCUUUUGAGAAGAAGAGAUCCUGAAGCCCCUUGGAGGAAACCUCUCAAACCUGUUGGGCUGCAGCAGGGAAGCUGGAUCUGCGGAUGUCAUCGAGUUGCCGCUCAGCCCGUCCAUCAGCUGUCAACCCUUGCUCAACACUCAGCCAAUUUACCCAUCCUUGCGCUGCUGUUCUGUCCUCAGGUUGGCUCCGCUCCAGUUCUCCUGCAUUUGAGUAGGUGGAGAGUAGGUUCCUUGGAGAAGAAACUUGUGUUGCUGCGUUGCUGGUCUGAGGAGCUGGGGCAGUCUCGGUUCUUGUCCUCUGGUGGUCAGGGUUGCCCUACUGGAGACCUAGUUCAGCCACAGUGUGGACAUUUCUCAGGGAGAGAUGUUGUACAACAGUGUUGUGUGCAUAUCUGGGUGUUAAAUGAGAGUGAGAUCUGCGAUUAGCUCUCUGUUAUGGCUGGAGACUUCUUACUGUUGUUAAUUCUGAAUUAAAAAUUUUACCAAAA